GUUCGAGCCCAUCUUUUAAGGACGAUGCCAGUGAUGGUGUUUCUUGAUAUCUGUCGCUCUUCCUACAUAUUUCUCGUCGAGUUGUGAGCUCCCAUUAGCCGAACCUCAUUGUUUACAGCCAGAAUGUCGGCCAUUCUACCCCAAGACAUAAACAAAACUUUAGUUCCUUUGCCUCUGGGAGCAUCGGCCUAUCACCAAGAUCCUCUUCUCUACAUUGAUCGGCAAUCAAGGCAUAUCCAACGUAAUCUUCAAAUUCUUAUCGAUGCGCAGAGCGAGGGACUUUUGGCAGGCUUGAGCAACCAACCACUGGAGGAAAGCACUUCUAAUGGAAGCUAUGCCUCUACUCCUGGGUCGGUUAGCCCUAGGGGAGCUUCCACAUUACCCAUCCGACAGCCGCCGCCCAAAAAGAUUGGAUUGCGUGCUGCAAGGGAGGGAAUUUUCAAGUCCAUAUUUGACUUGUUAAAGCUGCGGGAAGAAGAACAGGAGAUACUUAGCUUCCGGGUAGACGAGAGAGAGAAUGCACUAAAGGAUGUGAACGCAUUCACUGCCAAAAGGGUCGGACUCGAGAAGGCGAUCUCGACGAUCCACGAAAACCGACAAAGCCAGCGCACUCGCGAGCUACGAGAGGAGGCAUCCACGCUGGAGACAGAAAUACAUGAGUUAGAAACCAGAUUAUCCCAGAUGAAGGCGAGGCAUCAGCAUGUCAUCCAGGAAGUAUCGCAGAUCGAGAACACCGUGGAAUCUAAGCUAUCCUCCUACAAAGCUUCGUUGUCGCUCUUGGAGUCCGAUGUUCGAAAGUUCCUCUCAAGCCCUCCGGUGAAACCGCAAGCGACGCACGCCGAUCGCGAAACCUUCUACAACCUGAAAUCAAGCCGGAGGACUCUGGACAUGGCCCAGGAACACUGGAAGCAAGAGCAAUCGGAAUUGCGGCGGCGGCAGCAAGAGGUAAAUGCCGAGAUUCAUGCACUCGAAGAAGGUGGAGGUGUAUGGAAGCAAGUGAUUGGGGAUAUUUCUGGGUUUGAAAGACGCUUGAAGGCCGCGAUGCGCCAGUCUCUCCAGAACCAAUCACAGCUCUUGGAACCCCAUGGUCCUUCAGGGAGUCACCGCGAGGACGAGCUAGUCCGCACUAUUAUGGAGGAUCUGGGACAGACGACGGAACAUGUAGAGAAUCAGCUAGCAUUUGCGGAGGAAAGGGAUUGGAAGCUGCUAGUUUGUUGCAUAUCUGCAGAGCUGCAGGCGCUACGAGAGGCGCGAGAAAUGCUUCUGAAUGUCUUCAAUGCCACGGAAGAAGGGAAAGCGGCGCAUGAUUCAUCGCGGGAUCGAAUCAACCACGAUUCGCCAACAGAUCCUCUUGGGGUUGACAAUCCGGAGCCCCCCAUUGAUUUACUGAGAGAUUUAGAGCGACAUUCCCGUGCAACAGGACAUCGAUCUGAAGAUGAAGAUGACGAGCCUGAUCCCGCAUGUCUCUAUUUCCAUCCUCUAUUCAAAGUCCCCAGUCCCAAGCUUGCGGCCUGCAGCUCCCUAUGGCUCGCCUACCACACCUACAUCGGCGGCGACGAAUGCACCACGGUCUUUAACCUCCAGUGCUCCGCGGAGCCCCGAACGACAUCGACAUCGACAUCGACAUGGCCAGCCCCCGAUGUAAUUGAUGCCAUUUACAUCAUCCGCGGCGGCUUCGUGGCGAGACUGCGCAGGGAUGCGAAAGAUAAAUCGCGGGCACCAGCGUGGACGUUGCAUCGUUCCAGCUGCACCGAGACGAGAACCGUCUUCCCGGGCUCGCGGGAGUUCGAGUUCAAGCCCGAGCGCGGGCUGAACGCGCGCGACGGGACGCUGGCCAAUUUCAUGGCGUUCGGAAAGGGGACGAGGGCUUGUAUUGCGCGGAAUUUGGGCAUGACGGAGCUGAUGUCGGAAUGUUGCGCAGGAUGGCGUUUUGAAGGGGGGUGAAUGUGAUUGAGGAUAAAAUUAAGAUUAAAGAAUGGGUUCAGUUCGAGGGUAAAUGGGGAGAGGGUUCUGAUUCGGUUUGAUUGUGAGAUGGGAGUAGAGUAGAUAUCUAUAGGAGGUAAAUUUCCCAUUCCUUGAAAAAAAA